CUAGGUAGAUUUUGAAACCGCCUAUAAUUGAUGGCUUUACUACGAUCUACGAUAUAUAUAUUUAGAGAUUUACCCUCAUGCGAUCAAUGUUAUAAUACAUUUAGUGCUUCAAUCUCGAAUGGGUACAAAUUACGUUGCUAGCUGUGAAGAUGCGGCGUCGACGGUUUUCCCCCCACAUUUUGAUUCAAAUGGUUCUGUUGUUGUGUGUUACGCAUCAUGGAGUAGAUUCAGCCCGGCGGCCUGCAUCAAGCCGUAAAGCCGUCAAGCCGGGAAUGCAAUGCGCAAUCUACUUAGUAGGUACCCGUACUUACAUCCAUGGAUCCUUGUUAAUACAUGCAGGGAGCACUUCGGCAACUUACAAGUUGAAGAGCCAUCAUAAUUGUCCUAAAACGGCGUUCUGGAUGUUAGAUUAUUAUCGAUCGGACAUCUUGGCACGGGUAGAUACAACUGGGCGCAUUCGUCGCAGCAUUGUGACUAGUUAACUUGCAUAUCCUGAUGCAAUUUCGACAUGGUUUUUAAUGAACAUUAAAAUUAUAUGUAAAUAGUAUUAUAU